AUGCGCCUCAAUAGCUCAGCGCCCCGCUCCCGGGGUGCCCACCCCUUCCCGCUGCCACCGUCGGGGCUGGAGGAGGCGCUGCUGGCCCCGAACUCAGACAACACCUCAGAGCCUGAGCGAGCCUGGCCCGGCAGCGACCUGGACGUGGACACGGACAUCUACUCCAAGGCUCUGGUGACUGCCGUGUACCUGGCACUCUUUGUGGUUGGCACAGUGGGCAACUCGGUGACGGCGUUCACGCUGGCGCGCAAGAAGUCACUGCAGAGCCUGCAGGGCACGGUGCACUACCACCUGGGCAGCCUGGCGCUGUCCGACCUGCUCAUCCUGCUGCUGGCCAUGCCGGUGGAGCUGUACAACUUCAUCUGGGUGCAUCACCCCUGGGCCUUCGGAGACGCUGUCUGCCGGGGCUACUACUUCCUCCGGGACGCCUGCACCUACGCCACGGCCCUCAACGUGGCGAGCCUGAGCGUGGAGCGCUACCUCGCCAUCUGCCACCCCUUCAAGGCCAAGACCCUCAUGUCUCGCAGCCGCACCAAGAAGUUCAUCAGCGCCAUCUGGAUCACGGCCGGCCUGCUGGCUGUGCCCAUGCUCUUCACCAUGGGCCAGCAGAACCGCGGGGCUGACGGGCAGCACCCCGGCAGCCUGGUGUGCACGCCUGUCGUAGGAAUGGCUGCCAUCAAGGUCAUCAUCCAGAUCAACACCUUCAUGUCUUUCGUGUUCCCCAUGGUGGUCAUCUCCAUCCUCAACACCGUCAUUGCCAACCAGCUGACGGUGAUGGUCCACCAGGCAGCUGAGCAGGGCCAGGCGCGCACGGCUGGGGACAAGCACAGCUCGUUCAGCAUGUCCAUCGAGCCGGGCCGGAUCCAGGCCCUGCGCCACGGAGUCCGGGUUUUACGCGCUGUGGUCAUCGCCUUCGUGGUCUGCUGGCUGCCCUACCAUGUGCGGCGCCUCAUGUUCUGCUACAUUUCAGAUGAGCAGUGGACCACGUUCCUCUACGAUUUCUAUCACUACUUCUACAUGCUGACCAACGCCCUCUUCUAUGUCAGCUCCACCGUCAACCCCAUUCUGUACAACCUCGUCUCUGCCAACUUCCGCCAGGCCUUUCUGGCCACCCUGGCCUGCCUCUGUCCCCUGUGGACACACAGAGGGAAGAGACCUGCCUUCCCCAGAAAGACCAACAGCGUGUCCAGCAACCAUACCUGCUCCAGCAACGGCACCAGGGAAACAGUGUACUAG